CAGGGCCUCACCGCGGGAUGCGGCGGCUGGGGAAGCCAGCCGUGGGCGCCGGUGGCGCCGCCGCCUCGGCCGCUGCGUGCUGCGCGUUGUGCACGCCCGAGCAGCGGGGGCGGGCGGAGGCGCGGGCACUGGGCGCAGUGCGCGCGGCGCGGGCUGCGUGGUGCUUCGGCAGGCUGGCCGCGAGGUACGGGGCGAUCCUGCGCCGGCAGGCGGCCGUGGCCCCGGGGUCCCUCGAGGGCCCCGCGCUGGCGGAGCGGAUGCUCGCGGCGCACGCGCGAGGCUCUGCCGAGGUCGCGGAGCUCUGCCGCCGGAACGGGGGCCUGUUCGUCAAGAUGGCGCAGCACGCCGCGUCGUUGAGGCCCGCGCUGCCGGACGAGUACGUGAGCGCACUGGCCGAGCUGCAGGACAGUGCGCCAUCACGCCCUUUCGACGAGGUGGCGGUGGCCAUCCGGGACGAGGUCGGGCUCCCCCCGUGCGCCGAGCUCGUCGGGCCGGGAGCCCCCUUCGCGGAGGUCCAGGAGGCGCCCGUCGGCAGCGCCUCGCUGGCGCAGGUGCACCGCGCCGUGCUGCAGGACGGCACCGUGGUGGCGCUGAAGGUUCAGCACCUGAACUUGUGCCAGGUUAUCGCCAGCGACCUCUCGUUCUUUCUCCUUCUGGCAUCGUCCGCUGGCUAGACCGGCUGGCCUCCACUGCUUUCCGCGAGGAGGGCUUCUCGCUCGCGUGGGCGAUCGACGAGUUCGAGGCGAACAUCGCCCUGGAGGUGGACUUCCUGCGCGAGGCGCGGAAUGCGACGCGGUGCCGGGAGCUCUUUGCGAGCCACCCGCGGCUCUCGGACUUGGUGGUUGUCCCACGAGUUCACCCUGCUCUGUCGAGCAGCCGGCUGCUCACGAUUGCGGCCAAGAUUUGCAUCCCUAUCCACCGCGUCUUGGAGUCUCUGGGAAGGGGCGCCGCGAGGCCGAGGCGCAGUGGAUGAUGGAUACAGAUCUGGCCCCCCCAAAGGGGGCAAGAUCUUUCUACACAUCCACUGCGCCCGUAGGCUUCUGGGGCAAAGGAGCCCGAGACUCCAAGACGCAGCGGAUGUGGAUGCACAUCUUGCCCGCAGUGAUGGACUUCAUCGACGGCGUGCCGAUCCGGGAGCUGUGCCGGUCGGCGCAGCCCGCCGCCUCCCCGCCCCUCGCCGCGGGCGCCGGCGCGGAGGCCGCGGCGCCCACCGACAAGGAGGCCGCGGCGCGAGGCGUGGCGCAGCUGC